GCAGCACAUUUAAAGGCACUGGGUUACUAACACACACAUAUUUAAACAUGUUGUAACAGAUGCAUGGUGGAGCUUUGACAACUGGUAAGUGCAAAAAAGUGCAACCAAGAAGUAAUCUGAUACACAGACACUAAUGUGACUUGUGAUUUCUAAGAUGGAUGUGUUUUAUGAUGAAACAUUAACAAUCUGACGCACCUCCGAUUUGAAGUUGCAAUAACUGACAUGUUUAGAUGAAAUGCUAUUUUCUGUCACUAAAUAAUAUAAAAUAAAAAGUCUUUUUUUCCCACUGCAGAUACUUUGACUGUCACAGCAAGACAAGCACAGGCUGUAACUAAUAACACUAAUUAAGGGCUCUGCUCUAUUGUCCCAGUCAGUCUGCACAUGCAAUCGUUAGUGUCACUAUUUACACCUGAGCUGCGCCCACUAAGCCACGUCAGUGAAAAGGUGUUUUGUUACUUAUCCAGUUUAUGAGAGCCUUUGUCUGUCAGAAAAUGUCUGCUGCUAAAGUGAAGAUGAGGGACAAGAAGCUGAGAAACCAGCCCGCAAGUGUUCAGUACCCAUCUUCUCACAGCAGCACACAGAAUGGAGGAGACACAUCGGUCACCGGGAUGUGGAAAGAUUGUGUAAGCAUUACAACAAAACAAAGGUUAAAAAGCUAUGACACCAUGCUCCUCCUGAAGGCCACAGGAAUAGGUGGAGGUGGCGAUAAUGAUCCAACUACAGAAAAGUCAAGGGACCCUCAGAAACGGGGUGGAUGGGUCCGUGGACAUCAGAAAGAUGGUGGAGGUUACGCCAAGGAGAUGCCCAAGUACAUCAGUGCUGGAGGUUUUGUCAGGGCCAGGGCGGCAGAGGUGUGUGCCAUGUUGAAAGCUGUCACCAAGACAACAGGCAGCUGCCAUGUGUUCGGAGCCCUGCCCAAACACAUGAGAAGACGGGCCAUGGGCCACAACACCAAGCGGCUCCCUCACAGACUGAGGGAUGUGGCCAACAGAAUGCGAGAGAAGAGCCUCCAGGCUGGCUCGAAGAAGAAGGAACAGGCAAAGAGCAAGAGCCGCAAGGCCCGCCGCCGGCACGGAAAUCUGCUGCUUGAGUUCAACCGCCGCCAGAGGAAGAACGUGUGGCUGGAAACACACAUUUGGCACGCCAAGCGCUUCCACAUGGUUAAAAAGUGGGGCUACUGCCUCGGGGACAGACCUACAUACAAAUGCUAUCGGCCUAGCUACAGGGCAAUGAGCAGCCACUGCCUACUUCAGGACCUUUCUUAUUACUGUUGCAUAGAGCUACAGGGAGAGGAAGACAAGCUGCUGGCUGCUCUGUCACAGCUGACAAGCAAGGAGGCCGGCCCUACAUUUGCUGCAGCACUGUGUCUGUCAGGGCGAAAACAGGGCAGUGUGGUGGUGUACAGAGCAGGACAGUACCCCUCAAAGCCCCUGGGCCCUGUCACCUUCCUCUGGAGACCCCGUUCACAGGGCUCAACCCACAGGCAGUUGUGGAUUUGGGCUCAUCCCACUAUUAAACAGGACCUUCUUCCUGAGUUACAGUCUGUGUGCCAGUGUGAUGAGGCGGUUGUUCCUCCAGUUAUUCCAGUAGCGACACCAGCUGAGGUUGUUCCCACCCUAGAAACAGAGCCAAAGCCCGAGAAGAGCCCUGAGGCCCAGCAGAUAACUGGAACCAAGAGAAAACGAACCUGUGAGGAUGCCGGUGCACCUCCUGCUAAGAAGAUACUGGGAGAUGGAACCAGAUCUCCCACAACUCCAGUUACCUGGAAGUCCAGCUCAAAUGGAAUAGUUAUAAAUGACCUCACAAUGGAGAUUGUACGCUAUCGCCUGAUUGGACCACAGUCCCAUUCUGUUCUGGCAGAAACUCUGGAAGCUGCUACAGAUUGUGAUGAAAUGAGUAAGUCCCAGCCCUCCUCCUUCUGGUGGCCUGAGCACUGCAAAGACCAGAGCAAGAUGAAUCUGCAUCAACAACAAGCUGAUGUCUUUCACAUACUGAAAGGCAUGUAUUCGACUGGAGAGCUCCCUGCAGGCACAGUGCUGGGUCUGACUGUAGAUGACCCCAGGCUGACUUUACCAACAAAGAAGGUUAAAGCUUUGCCCUGUGUAAAGCAGGAACAAGAGGUGGACGAGGAGAAGAGAAGGGAGCUGAUGUUGCGAGGAGUCCCAGAACCCUGCUGUCAGAGUUACCUGUGGGAGCAGUCUGUCCGGGAUAAUGUCACUGAUAAUAAGAUAUCGGAGCAGGAGUUGAACCGUAUGAAGAGCGAGGUGCUGGUGCCGGGGUUCAGGCUGAGCCCCACACCCCUGCAGGGCCGAGUCCCCAUCCUGCUGGUUCAUCAACCUGGUAAGCAGGUGGGACAUGAGAUGAGCUCCUGGGGUGCUGGAUGGGACCUGCUGCUUCCUAAAGGGUGGGGCAUGGCCUUCUGGGUCCCACUGGUGUACAGAGGAGUUCGCAUCGGAGGGCUGAACAUGAGUCUGAAACACUCUCAGAAUAAAGGAGCCCCCCACUUCCCCCACGAUUACCCAGACUGCCCUGCAGGCAUUCGUUUUCAGGAGGAGCAGGAGGCAGAGCUCCUGGACAAGUUCAAAAGGCGUCCGCCCGCCAAAAGAACCAGUUACAUUAAACAUGGCUGUCUGGCUCCGUUCCGUUGCCCGUGGCAACAGCUGGCCGAGGAGUGGGAGCUUAUCUUGAGGGAAGGAGGAGAGGAGAGGAAAGGAGACUGCCAGACCCAAACUACAACACAGGCUGACACAGUGAUGGAGGAGGAGAUGACAUCACAUGGAGAUAUCACUGUCACGAAGCCUCCGAGCCACAUCACUGUACUGAGGAACAGAAAGUCACUGAGGCUGCUCUCUGGUUGGUGCAGACCCACGACAUCUAAAGGUCAAAGGCCAUGCCGUGUUGGAGAGGUGCCACCUCUGGACCGCUCAGCUAUGAAACAGUUUUUCACAGCGCACGAAAUGAGUCUGGUGUGGGUGCGUCUGUCACUACUGUCCAAAGGCAAUCCACAGCUCCACGCCAUUGUGUGUGUGCCAACUGCAGAGGACCUGAAGCUGCUGUACAGCAAGCCUGUGGACAGUGGCCCCCAGGAGCCCCCACACAAAGACCACUUUAAAACCAGAAUUAGGCGUCGGAAGAAGGGACCCAAGAAAGUUGCAACAUUGUCCUCUGAUAAGACUGAGGGCAAAGAGUCAGACCUUCCCUCUGCCUCUGAACCAAACCCCACCACACCUGAAGGCCCCAAAUCUUCCCCCCAGCCUUCCUCUGACCUCAUCCUGGGGCUGUGGCCGGAUCCUCUGCCAAGUGUCACCUCUCACUGCACCCGAGUGACUCUAGGCUGGGUCACUCAGGGCGACUUCUCCCUGUCUGCAGGCUGUGGGGAGGCCCUGGGGUUUGUCAGUGUUGCCGGUCUCCUUAACACCCUCUUUAACCAGCCGAUGGAACACAGAGGAAUGUUGCUGCUGCGCAACCCCACAUCUCUGCACUACCGCUUUGCUAAAAUCAACAUAGAGGUCUGACUGAAACAUCUGAGCCUAUGCAGAGCUUAACUUUCAAAAAGCACCGAAUUCUUGGUUAAUAGAGAAAGAUCAACAUGACUUCUAUCCUGCAAAGGCCUGAAAUUAUACGUAAUUAAGUUGCAUGAUGCCUCAUUUGCCAAGUGAUCCCUGUGUGCCUUGAUAGUCUAUUGUAUGGUGUUGGCUGAAGACAUAAUGGCAUGUAUAGGGCAUGAUGACUACAAGCUACCUGGUGGAAGCUGAAGGAACAAUUUUUAGUUGUGUAUAGGCUAUUUGAUUCUGGGAAGAGACAUCCUUAUUGUUUUACUUGAGAAAGGUUGGUUGAGUUUUUAUAGGAAUGCCGUAGUCAGAGGGCUGCAUCUCAAAGGGAUCAGAUAAAUGUGGUUUUCUUUUAUCAACUGGGUUUCCAAAAUUAAUUAAAGGAGCUAUAUGUAAGAAAUCUAAA